CAUCUGGUUCAUUUGUCCUCGUACAAUAUUUACAAUCCUACGCCAAAUCACCGAAUACUGUUCCUGAAUUUCAUCUAUCAACGAACGGAUCUUUCAUCUGUGCGAAUUUUGUUCUUCACCAGGAACCCUACCCAAACCCUAACUCCUCAAAUUCUCUGCCAUCGAAGUACCAUCAUUUUUAGUUUAUUUACCUCUGAAUAGAAGCGAAUGGCAAGUGAUUCGAGUGACAAAACGCAUCGAAAGCACAACCUUCCAUCCUCCACCGAUGACGCGGAGGAGCAUUCGAAACGCCGCAAGCACCGCCACCAUCAUCGCCACCGCCAUCACCACCGCAGGCAUCGGAGCAGCAAAGGUAAAGAAGAAUCAAAUGAUGUAGCUGUAGAAGAAUUGGAAAUUCCAAAAAUUGAUGAAAUUGAAGAAAGGAAAUUGGGAGCCAAUGGAGAUGAGGAUGAUGGUGGUUCCUUGGGCGAAGCAUUGGUGUCAGGUGGGCCGGGAUUCGCCGGGGUUGAUUAUGAAAUGGAAGAAGGAGAAAUCGUGGAGGAUGGCUUGGUUAAUUUUAGUAAUGAGGAUUCCGAUAAAUUGCAGAAGAACUCAACAGAUAUUGAGUUGGGGAAAAUCGGGGUGAGUGGAUACAAUGAUUCUAACAUGGGUGUUAAUGAAGAGAAUACCAAAAAACUUGAUGAGAGAAAAAUGGGAAAAGACAGUAUGGACAUUGAAGAAAGUACUGAGAUAGAUCAUGAGGUUUUGUCAAACUCAGAAGGUCUUGCAAAUGGAGAUUAUGAGAAGAAAUAUGACCAUGUUGGUACGAGGAUAAGUGACUCUUUUGAUGAUGUUGAUCGGGGAAGUCUGAAGAAAUCUUCAUCACCGGAUAAAAGAUCCAGAGACGCAUUACAUUCCCGCUCGCAUGAUAAAUACUCAAAAGAGAGUUUUUGUAGCCGUUUAAUAAAGUCUCCUGAUAGGUCCAGGGAAAGAUCCCGCUCCCGAAGCCUUGCUCGAGAGGCUUCUGUGGAGGACCAUUAUUUCAUGGAGAGAAGAAAGCAAAUCGAGUCUUAUGAUGAAAGGGUGGCUGCACGUGGUGACACCUACAGACAUAGCAGCAGAGAUUUCAUAAAGGAGAAAGAAAGAGAGAGAAGUUCUAGCAGAAAUACUGAAAGAACAGAGAGGCAUUACAUGAGGGAGACACGUGAUAUAUAUAGGGAGGGCAGCAGAGAGAGAAAUUGGAAUAGAGAUGAAAGUAGAGAGAAAGAGAAAAAGGAGAUAGAACGAGAGAGAGAACACAACAGACAUAGGGAUAGAUAUAGAGAGGAGAAGGAACAGGACAGGUUCCGAGACAGGGAAAGGGAGAGAAAUAAAGAAAGAGAGGAAAGGGGCAAAGAUGGGGACAGGGGUAGAGAAGGCAGUAGAGAUGGAAGGAGGGUUAGAAGCAGAGAUGAUGAUGGGGAUAAUGAGAGAGAUCGUUUAAUAAGGAGGCGCGAAAAAUAUGGCAGAGAUGAGGAUGCUUACAGAAAUAGGGAAAAUGACUCCAGACACAGAAGGAAUACUGAUGAUCAACAUAGAGAAAGAGCAAGGAGGAGUGAUUUGGAAAAUGCAAGCUCCAAAGAUGAAGGAAAGGAGAGCGGCAUCAAGAAUCUUGAAAGAGAAGAUGAAACAGAAGAAGAUUAUCAAGAUAAAAUUGCAAUGCAACUUGCAGAACAGGAGGAAGACGAUCUCGAGAGAAUUAAGGAGGAAAGUAGGAAGCGAAGGCAAGCUAUCCUGGAAAAGUACAAAAAUCAACACCAACAAACUGGAACAUCUUCAGAAGAUAUGGUUAAGGAUCAAGUGGGAGAGUCUACUGCACAGGUGGCAUCUGUGGAAGUCAUCAGAGAGAAAAAUGACCAUCGGGUGGAAGGUGCUGAUACUUAUGUUCCUGAACCAUCCUUUUCUGUAGGGAAAUCGCCUGCACAAAAUCGCCUUUCUGUUCCUCAGCAAACCACUGGAACUGGUGGACUAGGAGAAGGUAGCCCUAAGAGCGAGAGGUUGGAUGAUAUGUUUUCUGAUGAUAUUUUUGGGGAAUCACCUGCUGGAGUGCAUAAAACGGGUAAAGGAGAAGGUGUAGCUGUUGAAAAAAGUGGACUACACGAUAAUUGGGAUGAUGCGGAAGGUUACUAUGGCUAUCGUUUGGGAGAAGUACUCGACGGCCGAUAUGAGAUAAUUGCAACGCAUGGGAAAGGUGUCUUUUCUACUGUUGUUCGUGCAAAGGAUUUGAAAGCCAAACCUAGUGAUCCUGAAGAAGUUGCAAUUAAAAUCAUUCGUAAUAAUGAGACCAUGUACAAGGCUGGUAUGGAAGAGUUGGUCAUAUUAAAGAAGUUAGUUGGCACGGAUCCUGAGAACAGACGCCACUGCGUUCGUUUUCUUUCUACCUUCAAGUACCGAAAUCAUCUAUGUUUAGUUUUUGAAUCUCUUCAUAUGAAUUUACGCGAAGUUCUCAAGAAAUUUGGUCGUAAUAUUGGUCUGAAGCUUACUGCUGUUAGGGCAUAUGCUAAGCAACUCUUCAUAGCAUUGAAGCAUCUGAAGAACUGUGGGGUUCUUCAUUGUGAUAUCAAGCCAGAUAACAUGCUGGUGAAUGAGGCAAAAAAUGUUCUGAAGCUUUGUGAUUUUGGUAAUGCCAUGUUUGCUGGUAAAAAUGAGAUCACCCCUUACCUUGUGAGCCGUUUUUAUCGUGCGCCUGAGAUCAUUCUAGGCCUGCCAUAUGACCAUCCCAUGGAUAUUUGGUCCGUGGGUUGCUGUUUGUUUGAACUUUACACUGGGAAGGUUUUAUUUCCUGGUGCUACCAAUAAUGACAUGCUUCGUCUCCACAUGGAAUUGAAGGGCCAUUUCCCAAAAAAGAUGCUCCGAAAGGGAGCAUUUACAGAUCAGCACUUUGACCAGGAUUUGAACUUUCUUGCAACUGGGGAGGAUCCUGUCUCAAAGAAGGCCAUAAGGAGGCUGGUUGUAAAUAUCAAGCCCAAAGAUUUUGGCACCUUAAUUUCAGGAUCUCCGGGAGAGGAUGCAAAAAUGGUAGCGAAUUUUAAAGAUCUUAUGGAGAAAAUAUUUGUCUUGGAUCCAGACAAGAGAUUGAAUGUUUCACAGGCUUUGAGCCAUCCUUUCAUCACGGGCAAGUUGAAUCCUCUGUCGUACAACUCUGGUAAGUAUUCCUAUUUGGUCUUGUUCUCCUACAAAUGGAUAUUUGAUCACCUGGUAAACUAGAUUUUUAAUGCUAAGAACUUCCUCCUCCUUGAAGUCAAAUUUACAAUUUUGCACAAGUUUUUCAGAGGUAGUUUUGGAUUUUAACUUGGCUGCUUACUGAAACACACUUCCCAUUCAUUUGUUUUAGUUUGCUGCCUGUCCCAAAAAUGAUUUUUCUUUAGAUUUACCUUAUUGUGUUAAAAAUAAGACUUGUUAGUCGAGACUUGACAGCCACUGCUGUCUCCACUGCAAACUUUGUUGGGAUAUUUGCUUGCAAUCUUGAAAAAAGGAUAAUUGUGAAAUUAGGAAGUAUAGUCUCCACAAUUUAUUUACAAGUACCUUGAUGUGGGUAACACUUUUUAGGCAUACUAGUUUUUGUUGGGGAUUGAAAGUGGUUAAUGAGCUUUCCUGUAUGUUAAUUAAAAAGAAAAUGGAACCUGAUUCUGUUAUAUUAGGUUGUGUGAUGUGUGUUGAUGCCUUUUAGACUUUCUCGUGGUUUAUUCCCAGACAGGUGUUCAUAUUGGUCAUGCUAGUUUAUAGACUUUUGUCUGCGAGAAACUCGUAAUUUGUUAAACAUUAUGGUUUAUGUUUUUUUCACAUAUCAGAAAUUCAGAAUUUUGUUUGCUGUUAAUGUUGUUCUUUAUUAUGUUCGUUGAGAAAAUGCCGAAUUUCAUCUCGUAGUUUUAUAGAUUUGUUGUCAGUUAUUA